GAUGGACGAGAGAAGCCAUGAAGGUCCUGUACCUACUCUCCCUCACGGUGAUCCUGCCAUUAUCUGCCCCAAAGGACGACUGUCAUACUCUGAUGUUUGCAUCCCGUGCAAAAGCUGCGGGAAUUUGGAAGAACUUUCUCCCUGCAACGCCACUCACAACAGGCAGUGCGGCUCGUGCAAGACGGACACCCCCACCCACACAUCCCCUAUACUCCGACAACACCACCGAAGCAUCAACAAAACCUCCGCUUCGCCUACCAGCCGCCCUGACUUCCUGUCUUGGCAAGACGUGAUAUUGGUCUGGUCCAGCGGGGCUGUGAUCCUCCUCUCUGUGGUCCUAGCCUUGGCUUGCUACUGCGCCAAACGCCGUGUCUCAUGUCGGAAGAAACCACGCACAGAUGGCAGCAAGACGGGCGUUUUACUAGAAGACACAGACAGUUCAACAUCCGGGCUCUCCCCGUGUCAAUCUCUGUUGUACAUAAAGGAAGAAAACCCAUCCAUUGGGUCAAACUGUGAAAGGCCAACUCUUUGUUUGGUCUCGUUUGGAGGGGAGAAGACAGCAGUCUAUGAGGACAUUCGUUCGCCUUACUACAAGCAAUGCAGGGAUGGGGAAGAGAAUGAUAUAAAGGUUCUAGAUAAUGGAGUUAACGACAAAUUAUCUAGCCUGCACAACAGCAGCAAGAUCUGUGACAACAGUUGGACAAAGGAACUCUUGGCCAUUCUUUUUCCAGAUAAAAGUAGGUAUGAAGCCGCUGUCGUUUCUGAGGACGAGCACGAAGCCUGUACCCAGUUGCAAGACUCCGAGGUCGUUUCUGAGGACACGCCCAAAGUCUGCACUCAGCCAUCUGUCCCCCACCCAUUGCCCCUGGAACAAUGUCCAGAGGUUCUUGACCAGACUGACCUCCUCCCAAUCCCCCCUCCCCGCUGUGACCCCCCGGAACUCCCCACGAACCCCCAGGAGCAAGACACAGCGCCAGAACCCCCACCAAGGUCAGGGGCGUCCCAGAGCCUGACGGCCAAGGUCACCCCGGGCUGUGUCUCUUCUAGCCAGUCGGAGCUCCUAUCGUCGUCGUCCAGGGAGCCCCCGGCCUGCCCCGUCGAUGACGUGCGCGAUGUAAGACUGAGAGACGAUGGGAAGAUAACUCUCAGCUGUUCCCACCAGCGCUUCCGGUAGGCUCGGUUGUGGGAGACGUAGAGGAGGGGCUUGAUGCAGUAGCUGGACAGCCCGGUGAAGGAACCCACCCUAAGGACAGAAAAUAGAGUAUUUUGUAACACUCCCAAAGACGCAAUUUCGAUAGCUUAUUAUUACAGGAGAGGGGCUUAUGGGCCUAAGGGUUUUAAAACAUUUAUAGAUGCUAUUGUGUGUGUAUAUUGCUGGGUUGUUUGGUUAGCCCAAAAUGAUUUUGACAAUUUGUGGCAGGGGAAGGAGGGGAGGGGGGAGGGGGGGGAUAAAAGAUGUGUGAUUUCUGUAGUAUAAUAUCACUGAGCUGUUUGGACUU